AUGCUACCCGAAAUAAAGGUUCAUGAUUGGGUGACAAAAUUUGGACAAUAUCCGAUGCCAUCUGAAACCGAAAACUGUCAUUUGGUGACUGUAACUGAAGAGGAGAUUGAGAAUUGCGUUCAAGUGGUGCCACGUCUCGACACGCUGAUUCUUGUGAAGGCGAUGGGGCAUCGUAAGCGAUUCGGAAAUCCAUUUCGGACAAAAAAUAAGGAUGUGCGGAUGCGAAAAGCCGUAUCAGUGAGGGAGAAGAGUUAUGCGCCAAGCAUGGAUCGACAUGACGAUAGCGAUGAAAACAUUAAAGACGCGACAAAGAGGUAUGAACCAUCACAGGAUAAUUCCGUAGAGCAGAUCGAAUCCGGUGUUGAAGCGCUCUCGCUUUGUGCACGUGUUUAUGAAGAAUCCUCGCGAGCCACAUCACGAAGUAUCAGUCAAGCGGCAACUGCAAGGCAAUGA